AUGGCAGAAAAGAAAGCCGAACCCGGCACGACCAUGACCGCACGCGUAGGCCGAGACAAACAGAGAUACGGCCCCAAAGGCGAACGCCUAGUAGCCGGCACCGUCCCCCUCUCCCCCGACCGCACCCUCGUCCUCCUGAUCCAAAGCAGCUCACGCAAAACCUGGGUCCUCCCCAAGGGCGGCUGGGAAACCGACGAGCCGACGUGCGCCGAAGCGGCCCAACGCGAGUCCUGGGAAGAAGCCGGCAUCAUCACCUCCAUCGUCGCCGACUUGGGGGAGAUCGAGGAGAAGCGGACGGAAGCCCAGAUCAAGAAGUACGGGCCUGCUGCGCCCAGGGCGUUGUAUAGAUUUUUCGAGGUGCAGGUGCUCGAGGAGAAGGCAAGUUGGCCCGAGGGGUUCAAGAGGGAGAGGUGUUGGAUGGGGUGGGAGAGGGCUAGGAGUUGUUUGGAGGGGCGGCCGGAGUUGUUGGAGGCGUUGGAGAGGAGUAGUAUGAAAAGGAAGUGA